UUCCGUCAACGAGACAUAGUUCGAGUUGAAAAAACAGAGAAGCCAUUGAACGUUUACUCCCUCCCUCUUUUAGAAUCGACAUCGACGAUCAUGACGUUUUCCCGCAUAAUAUCACCGGCCGCCCUCGCCCUGCUGUUAAUCGUCAUGUUCAGGUGGAUGCCGAAUGCAAAUGCACAGUGUAAUGAAUACGCUCACGUGAAUUCGUCGGUCACAGAGAAUGGCGAUUGUAUGUGUGGUGUGACGUCAUCAUUGAGCUCAUCGUGUGGUUCUGGGGUAAGCAGCGAGGAGUUCCAGCAGAUGAUUCGCGACCUCGAUCAACAGAUAGUGGACAUCAACGUGGAGCUGACAACACUGCGAGCCACGCUCAACCAACAAGGAGAAGACAUCAUCGCCAUGAACGAGCAAAUGGAGAACAUCAACGCCAUCGAGAAGCGUAUCAUCGACAACGAGAUCGUCAUCUCCCGCCCCGAGUAUGACAUCAUCAGAACGGAUCUUCAGGAUAUGGAAACGCUCAUCGGCUAUCUUGAAGACCAGAAUGCCGAUCAAUAUAUCCUUGACCAACUACGAGAAGAGAUUGCCAACAUCAGCUAUAACCUCGAUUCCCUGGAAGUCAACAACGAUGCCGACGUCGAAACUCUCUUACGCGACAUCGCCGACCUCCAGCAAAAGAUUGCAGAAUGCGAGGCGGGCAAUGACCCGGAAUCUGACAUCGGUUUUCCCUAUCCAUGGGAAGAUUUCGAGAAACAAGAUUCUUGUGGAACCAUCAAGGGGUUAUCAGAGCCGUACACACUCAGGGGUAAUCUAGCUUCCACAGGGGUGUGGUUUAUGGACCCCAUGGUAGACGUGGACAGGCCCUGGUACCAGGUGGGGAUUACUUAUACUUCGUCUAUCUUACGGUACCUAUCUACUGAGCAAUUCCAGACGCAAGGCAUUCAUGAGACCUAUUUACCUGGAUACACCCUGGAAGGUUGCAGUGUGGUCGCAUACAACGGCGCACUGUUCUAUAACAAGUAUUCGUCUACAACCAUGAUAAGAUACGACUACAGAGCAGGAGCUGUCACCAACCAACGAGCCCUUCCGAAUGCAGGGUAUAAAACAAAUUAUGUUUAUCUCUCCGGGGGCUACACGAGCAUUGACUUUGCUGUAGAUGAGAAGGGCCUGUGGGUGAUCUAUGGGAAGUCUUCGGACAGCGGACUCAUGUCCGUGAGCAAGAUCGACCCCUUGACUUUGGAGGUCGAGGAGACCUACAACACCAACUCACUCAAGGCCAACUUCGGCGAGUGUUUCAUGGUAUGUGGGAAGCUCUACUGCACGGAUUCGUACCACAAGCACGAUGGCAGGAUCGUGAUGAUGUACGACACGACCACCCAGACGACUACAACACUCAACGUCCCUUUCGACAGCAAGUACUUGGCGACCAGGGCACUCAAGUACAACCCAAGGGAUCAGCGACUCUACGCCUUCAACAACGGACAUGCUCUGGCCUAUGAGAUAGAGUUCCAGGUUGACGAAUAACAUAUUCUAGACUUGAUGUCUUCUGGACAUUAAUAAAUGGUUUAGUUGUAGUUGCUUCUGUCU